UGUGCGACGAACAGUAAAUCCACAGACCGUAAGAAAAACACUGCCGAAACGCGAAAGCUGUGCUACGGAGACGAGCGCCCGAACUCGGUCGCUUAGGUAACCAGGCAGAACGCGCACGCGCAGCCAAACUCUAUCGCGUGGAGCCGCGCCGGGGGCGGGGCCGAGGAACGAUCUCUGACUUAUAUCUCUGCCGCACUCAGAGCUGGGCCAGCAGAAGCGGAGUAACCACCGCCCUUCUGCGUUGGGUGACUUACUGUUCCCGCCCCUUUUCGCUUUGCUGUCUCUCGGCCCGUUCCUCUCACCACGUGCCCUCCUGGCCGCUCCCCCAGCUGCCCUUUCCAACUGUUGGAAGCUGCUGUAAAAUGUCGUGAGCGGCGCUGCCACUUUACGGCUGCCUCUCCCAGACUGGAACCCGGGAGCGCCCACCGCCGUCACUCCUGUCUCUCAUUAAACAGUCGGCCCGGCGGAGAGGGAGAGACCCGGCGCACCGCUGCCCUCCCCGCCGCGCCCGUUCUGGUUUCCGGCGAUGUGAGCUCGAAGAGGCCGCGGUGCCCCCCGGCCCGGGGUUGAGACGGCUGGCAGGUGCCUGUGAGGCGGGAGGGCGCUGGGGGCCUGCAGGAUGGAGGAAAGCAUGGAAGAGGAGGAGGGGGGCAGCUACGAGGCGAUGAUGGACGACCAGAACCACAACAACUGGGAGGCCGCGGUGGACGGCUUCCGGCAGCCCCCACCACCCCCACCGCCUCCCUCGUCGAUCCCAGCCUCUGUUCGGGAGCCUCCGGGGGGGCAGCUGCUGGCGGUGCCCGCGGUCUCCGUGGACAGGAAGGGCCCCAAGGAGGGGCUCCCGAUGGGGCCGUCGCCACCGCCGGAGGCCAAUGGGGUGAUCAUGAUGUUGAAGAGCUGCGACACGGCCGCCGCUGUGGCCAAGGCGGCCCCCGCCCCCACGCCCAGCUCCACCAUCAACAUCAACACUUCCACUUCCAAGUUCUUAAUGAAUGUUAUAACUAUUGAAGAUUAUAAGAGCACAUACUGGCCAAAAUUGGAUGGUGCCAUAGAUCAGCUUUUAACUCAGAGUCCUGGUGACUAUAUCCCCAUAUCCUAUGAACAGAUAUACAGUUGUGUGUAUAAAUGUGUGUGCCAGCAGCAUUCGGAACAGAUGUAUAGUGAUCUGAUUAAAAAGAUAACUAAUCACUUAGAGAGAGUCUCAAAGGAGCUGCAGGCCAGCCCCCCAGAUCUCUAUAUUGAAAGAUUUAAUAUAGCUCUUGGACAAUAUAUGGGAGCAUUGCAGAGCAUUGUGCCUCUUUUCAUAUAUAUGAAUAAGUUUUACAUCGAAACCAAGCUUAACAGAGACUUAAAAGAUGACCUUAUAAAGCUGUUUACGGAACAUGUUGCAGAAAAGCACAUUUACAGCCUGAUGCCUUUACUUUUAGAAGCCCAGUCAACACCAUUUCAGGUCACACCUUCAACUAUGGCAAAUAUUGUGAAAGGCCUGUACACUCUCAGACCAGAGUGGGUUCAGAUGGCUCCAACUCUGUUUUCUAAAUUUAUUCCAAAUAUUCUUCCUCCGGCGGUGGAAUCUGAACUUUCUGAGUAUGCUGCUCAAGAUCAGAAACUUCAAAGAGAACUUAUACAGAAUGGUUUCACAAGAGGUGACCAGUCCCGGAAGAGAGCUGGGGAUGAGUUGGCUUAUAUUUUUUCAGACAGCUCUUCCACAUGUGCAGGCUCCAGAGGGUACAGAUAGUGAAUGUAUUGAAUGUACUUUCCUUCCUGAGAAGAGGACACACUGGAGCUGCAGAGACUGUAUUCAGAGCACAGCGGGGACAUGCAGGAGCUCUGUCACACAGCUGUUCUUGGAAGAGGAUGUUGGACUUCUUACUUGGGCUUGUAAUUUUAAAAAACAAAAAACUUAUAAAAACAAAAAAAAAACAGUCAGUUGCUGCUAGACUUGGGGAUAAUUUUGAAAUGGGACAAUCUUCUAAUGAGUUUAUCUAUAGAUUCCAUGAGGAACAAGCAUCUUGAAAAGUGACUGUUGUUAAGAGAAAUCCGGCAGCCAAAAAUUCAGCAGCGCCCUCCAAAAAUACAAGAGCAGAAGAAACUUUUUUUCCUCCAAAGCACUUGUUUUGUUCAUUUGUGGACUUGGCACUUCCGCAUAGUGUUUUCACACAUCAAGAUCUCUUUUGCUUUAAAAUCAAGCAGAUUGUUACAAUACAGUAUUUUUCACCCAUAACCAAAACAAACCCCUUUGAAAGAGUUGGUCUUUGUUUAGCAUUCAGAGGUUGUGUUAAAGGAAAAUGCUAACUCUGCUUUCACUAUACCUUUUUCCUCCACCAGUUCACAACUUUUUUCUACUCUGUGCCUUGAGCUUUGUGCACUUUGCAACUCUGUGACCAUGUUGUUGAACUCACAAAUACAUCCUUAAAAAGUUUAUGGCAUCAAAGAUUUACCCCAUCACAUCAGGUGUGAUUUCAUGGCAGGAUGCUAGGUAAGUGGGAAAAUAGAAACAUGUUGUGCAUUGGUCCAUUUCCCUCUGCCUCACCAUAGCAUAUUCGUGUUAAUGUUGGGGACCAACUCUUGUAGUACAUUUCCAUUCCCUCUAUUGCUUAACAGGAUUUUGACAGAUGCUGAACUACUGGCAUUAUGCUAAUCUGGGGUGGGCAGUACUUUAGCACUAAAGCUUCCUUUUUAGUAUUGAGAAUUAUCCAAUGGUAAAAGCUGGUUCCUGUGAUGCUCUAGGAAGUAGAUAUGGUUAUUAAAUUCAAAUAUAAUCAGUGGUGUGGGAUUGCUGAUCCAUUUCAUUUUAAAUAGGUGAGAUAGGUACUUUAAAAAAACCCAGUAGUCUACAUCUUUUAAAUGUUUUAGUCGAGUGUAAUAGGGAAGAAGGAGCCCUGCUGGCUUGAGGGUCCCUUCCAGCUGUGGCAAAGCUGUAUUUUUUGUUUUUUUUUCUACACCCACAGUGCUAUUCAGUUGCUUAUAAAAGACUGUUUUUGUUUUUGAAAGUCAAAGAAAAAUAGAAAGAUGUGGCAAGGGAAAGUAUUUGUCUCUCAUUUUGCUUGCAUCUAAAUUGAGCAUAUGCUUGACUCUAUUUGGCUGUGUCAGACUACUGUUUACCUCUUCAGAGAACGUGGCCAACAAAAGAAAAUGUAUCAGGGAUACUGGCACUCUCCUGACUUGCAGGUUUUUCAGAGUUGCCUCUGACAAUUCAGUUUGUCCUUUUUUGGGGAACAGGCUGGGUGGGAAAGUUAGAAGUGUGAUAUUGGGAGCAAGUAAGUCACCUAAUAGAAGUCCUCUGUGCAAUUAUUACUCAGAAGUAAAAGUAAAGAUGAUCAGAUUAAUUUUUUUAAGUACUUAUCAACUGGAGUUAGAAGUCUUUGUGGAGGACUUUGAAUUGGACUCAUUUAACUUGCGUGAGCAUCUUGGAUUGUAUUAGUAAACACUGAAUUACUGUAAAUAUAUACAGUCUCCCACUAUGCCCCGUACAGUUUGAUUUGCUAUACUAAUAACAUUCUGGUAUUAAGGAAGAAUUCCAUUUUAUCAUAAAGUUCCAAAUUUUAUUUUUCUCAAUAGAGUGCUUGCUGCAGGCUUCUGAAUAACACCUGCAACUGAACUUUCUCCUGAGUGGUUUUAAUAAUAUUUCUUAAAGGAAUAAAAUUGGGAUGUCUCUUUAAGUGUGGAUGAACUAUUCAGUAUCCUAAAUGCUUUUUCUGGGAGAGAGUGUUAUUUAGCCAACAAACAGAACUUUCCCAAUAAAAGCAUCGUAUUAUGAUGUGAAUUGGCAUUAAAAUAUUUACAUAUUUUGCAUUAUUAAGUUUAUGGAAAAAUCUUUUAUGUUGUGUUUUGUUUUUUUUUUUUUAUGUGUUAACAAAAGGUAGGCAAAGUUUGCAAAAUUUAGUUUCUCUCAAUUGUUGCACAAUGAGUGCAGCUAGCUGUGGCUCAGGGCUUGGUACUGAAAGCAGUGACUAGAAGGCACUAUAGGAAGAAUGCACACUUUCUCCCAGAGCUUGUGACCUGAUUGUUGUUCAUCAGGGCUAUGGCCCUUUCAGGUCCACUGCAGUAUGAGGAACCUGUUUAUUUCAAAUUGAAAUUGACCUUGCUUAUUUAAUGGGGAUUCUUAACAAAAUUCUUAGUUUGCAACAUGAGAAGAAAUAAGAUUUGCCCUCCAUUUUAUAUUGACCAGCCACAGUUUGCCAGAAAGUGUUUUCUUCUCAUGUUUACUAGUAUUCUUCUUGCCCGUACAGUAUAUAGUUUCUCCACCCCAGUUAAAUGCUUGCCUUUGUGGGGUCCCAAUCACUGAAGACAGAAAAUUGUACACGUAGGCUGACUGUCUCAUUAGUCGGCACACACAGCUGAUUUGGCCAACCUAGCUAAUGUGUGUGCACUAGACCUUCCAAAAGAAAGCCAAUUCAGUCACCUUGAAAUAAUGACAUGUAGAAGUAAAUAGAUGAUCGUUUGAGAGACGGUACUUAUUUUAAAGGUUGGCCUUAAGCUUCAGUAAGUGUCAUCUCAUGUCCUCUGUUGUCAUAGCUGCCUGUAACCCGACAGGAACUACUGCUUUGUUUUCUGUGGGGCUGAAAGCAAAAGCUGGUGUUGUGACUCCUAACCUUACGGUUCUUAGGUUGAGCUAGUGAGAAAAAACACAAAUCUGGAUGCAUGGGUUGUGUGUGAUUAAAUUUUGUGGAAAAUUUACUUUUUUUCUGUCUGUUUGGCAAGUUUGAGGCAGUUCCCCUCCCUUUCUGUGGGGUAUAGGAUGAAAACCAGUUUGUGAAUUAAGUGAGAUUGCAGAAGAAAGGAUGCCAUGGCCAUUAAUGCAUGCAUGUCUCCAGCGCUGCUGCCCCGUUAGGUUGCCACUCCCUGGCUGCAUGCCCUGCUCUCUGUCAAGUUGCAAAUUUGCACAUAAAGAAUUCCUCAGGUAGAGUUCGCAUGUGCACCAUCACCUCUCAGUAGUUUGUAUUGACCGAACAAGGGAUUCCAAAGUGUUUCAGCACAAAAGGAGAACUUUAGGGUGGUGGUCUGUGCAUGUGUCCUAGCAAACGUAAUGGUGAUCUAGGAAACAAUGUUGGUUUCUACGGUUACACGGUGAGCAGGAGCACUUGUAUCAUAGUAUUUAAAGAGUCCUGUUUAAUCUCCCAGAGUGACCCUUCCAGAUUUUGUGUUCUUGUUGAGACUGGCUGUUUUCUUCUGUUUUAUCACAGCUAAUUAAUCCCAUGAUUAUUAUACAAGAGGCAUUGCCCUUGAGCAAAAAUUCAGUCGUUUAAUAAGCAGCUAUUAAAAUAACUGAACAUUGUUUUAUGAAUAUACACUAACCUGAGAUAACUAAAAAACUUCCCAACUAAAAGGCAAAACAGAAAAUACAUUAGCUGUCCAGUCAUUGUUUGUUUGGGUGUUUGGAGUUGACUUUUUUUUUUAUGGUGUCUCAUUGAGAUUCAGAAUAUUAUGUUUACUUUAAUCCAGGCCUGGGCCUCUUUAAGGUGACUUUAAAAUUUAAGAUCAGAAUGUGACUUAACCGACAACGAGGACCUUUUUGGUUGUGGUUAAUUUUCAGUAUGAUUGUAUAAGAUGAAGUUCAUGUUUAUUAGAAGUUAAAAAGGAUCAUAGGAGUUGCUGGAGAAAAGGCUUUCCUAUUACUUUCAUUACCUUGUUGGAAUUUGCUUCGUUUCUGGCCACCAGAAAACAUGAGAGAACUUCUCUUCUUUUCCAAGGGAGACGAUUCCUCCUGGUCCCCACUGUUUACUAACUGAAUCAUUGACACUUUUCCUUCCCCACUGGCAAAGACCCUGUUUUGAACCUCUUUCUGGAGCCAGGCGGCACAAGUACACAUCCUUUUUCUGCUUACGUGGAUGGAGUGGCUGUGGGAGAACUGAAGAAAAUGCUCAUCAGAGGUACAUUGGUAUAGGACCCUGGCAUACACUGUAUCCUGGCCGGUUGGAAAUCACUCUCAUUUCUGGUUGGACUGCAUUGUUUAGAAAAAUGUUAAUGUCUUACAAUUCUGGGAAAUUUGUAGUGUGACUCUGGGGUGAAUUCUGUGGUUUGAAACAAAUUAAUAUUUUGUAUUGAUUCUGACAUGUCAUUUCAAUGUUGUGACUAUGUACUAAAUGCAAUAAGACUGUGGAUGUUCUCUUAGAAGAGUAGGUUUUGUUAAACAGAUGGCAAUUUAAUUGCUGCCAUCAGUCCUGUUUGUUAAUAUUGCAGCCAUGUAAUUCAGGAGAAAUGAUUCAAAUGUGAAGUAGUGGGGAGUUAUGGCUGGAAACAGGAAUGCUUAUGAGUAAAUGGGAGGUCAAAUGCAGACGAGAGGCUUUGCCACCCACCAGCAUGGCCAGAGCAAGAAUGAAGCAAUGAAAUCUAGCCCCUGGUGGUGCUUGUUGGAAAGCAUGGUGGAGUUCAGAAAAGGGUGUUCUGUAUAUCAACUUUUUUAUUAACCAAGAAAAACAAAACAGUGGAUGAAACUUUUAUUGACCGGGGGUUCAAAGCCAGCAACUUUGUCUCUGACCUUUAACUCUUGAUGGACUUUGAGUCACUACUUCUGUAUUAGAGUGUGUACCAUCACUCUAAAAUGUUGUGGUUAAUGAAAUAAAUCUUGUACAGAUGUCCUUGGCCUUGUUAUGUUGAUACCUGGUUCGCUGGAAACUUUGUUGCAAUACAGACCAUAUGAUUGGGCUUACAGGCACAUUCAUAAUUUCUCCUACAGGAGAAUCAUCCUCAGCAUGUCUUUCCCACUGUGGUUAAUUAGCCCAUAGGGUGGACUGUCCAUCUUGACCUCUGUACCAGUGAUCUUAAAAAGUAUGUGUUUAAUUAUAUACCAUAGUUACUUAUUCUAUAUACAUAUAUAGUAUAUAUACAUAUGUGCAUACAUAUGUAGUUUUUCUUUUAUAAACACUGGCCUAUUGUGGACCUUUCUGAUGUGGGAAUUUUUUUGCAUUGGCUGUACCAUGCUUUUUAGAAAUAAUUCCUUUGUGUUUUCUUGCUAUGGAAUUAGUAAUAUCCACUAGGUUUUUUAUAAUCCUGUGUAAUUUUAGUUUCCCUUGGUUUCUCUUAAGUGUCCUUCCUUAUAGUGUUCUCAGAGUGCGGAUUCUCAUCUCUUUGUUGAAGCCUAAGCUGUAUUGUUACGGCAUCUACUUUUUGAUUACCACCCACAGCAGGAUUCAGUGACUUUAUCUUUUUUCUCUGCAUUGAAAUCACCUGACAGUUUCUUUCUUCAGCUUUUUUCCCCCCAGCCAAAUAGGGAGCUGUUUAAAACCUUUCCUUUUUCUUAGCAGGUUUCUUUUACUGAGUAUAAAAGUUUUCUACUAGUGCCAGUUAUUUGCAUGUGUUUAUGUGUGAUUAAUUUAUUUCCUCUAUUGGCCUAUUUCUCAAUAAUACAAAGUUAUAAUAUUUAAUAGCACAGCUAAUAAAUUAGAUCUGAUGGAGAUAUAUAUAUAUAAAAUUCCCUUGCAGCCUCCAGUAAGAAAAUAAACAUUUUUUUGCAAACCAAAUCUAACAUUGUGUUUAAGUAUAACAAAUGAUGGCUUAAUUUGGGUUUAUCUCAGGAAUGCAAAGUCAUUAAUAUUAGGAAAUCAAUUAAUGUGACUUAUCUACUAAGGGAUUAAUGCUGUUAAUGAUCAAAUUGUGAAAAUCUAGAGUCUACAAGGCAAAUUAGAAGACUAGAGAGUUUAUCAGAGUUUGCUGGAACAAAAUGAGUAUGCAAAUGUCAAUUACAUUUUCAUGCAUCACUUAUAAGCAGUAAUGGCUCUUAAAUUUUUUAAAUGUAAUGAAGAAAUAAAAUUUAUUGUAGGAACAAAAAGACACAAAGAACCUAAGAAUAAAUCUUAAUAAAAAGUGUAUAAGCCUUUUAAUGAGAAAAUUAUUUUUUUUAAAAAGCCACCUUUAUUGAUCAAAUAAAUGGAGAUACUGCAAUGGGUAAAGAUCUGGUGUCAGUUCUUUCUCCAAAUUGGUUAACAGAUUAAUGCAGUUCCAACAAAAAAUCCCAGUGGUUUGUAAUGUGAUGCUUGACAGGCUGAUCCUAAAAUAUACAAAGGGCCAAGGAUAUCCAAGACAUUCCCCCCAAGAAAGAAGAAUGAAGUGUGCAGGAAAGAGGAAUCACUACCAGAUAUAAAACUUACUGUAAAACAUAGUGGUUGAAACAGUGUGGAAUUGGUACAAAAAUUACAAGUCAAAUGAAUGAACAAGAAAAAAGAGCUUGGAAACUGACUCAUUCAUGUACAGGAACUUUGUUUUUAAAAGGGCAGCCAUUGCAAAUCAACAGAGAGGAGGAUUAUUAUUUAAUAAAUGGGGCUUCAGUAAUUCUUCAUGAAAAAAAAAAAUGAAGCAGUCUUUUAAGUUUUUCCAGGUGCAAAAGUCCAUCUUAGGUGGAUUAAAGAUUUACAUAGGAUAGCUACAACUAUAAAACUUUCAGAAGACAAUAUUGAAGAAUGUUUUUAUGACUUUGGGGGAGUGAAGGAUUUUGUAACAAGAUUGAAAAUGUAAACCAUAAAUUUAAAAAUAAUUUGGCUACAUUUGGCUUUUCCUGAUUUUGAACUUCGCUAAAGAUACCCAGGCUGUUUCACCCCUGGUGAGGCAUAAAGCUCAACACUGCGCCUGCUGCUCUGUAGAAUACCACUGCACACAUGAAGUUCACUGAUGCAUUAUGUUGUGGAUGGGCAUUUGGCUCUCUUUCCCUCCCUUUUGGUUAUUACAAAUUAUGCUUUCGUGACAAUACUUGCACAUAUUUCCUGGGUGUAUACACCUGUAACAUGAGAUUCUCUAAGAGCAUAAACCCUGGGCUAUAAGCUAUACCUGUGCUCAACUUCACUAGAUAAUACUGUUUUCCAAAGUGGUGGUACCAAUUUACACAUCAAUGUAAACCAAAGUUUCUGUUGUCACAAUCUCUCCAGUUGUUGGUAUUUUCUGUAAACCAUUUGACCAUUGAAAACACAUCAGUUCUUGAGUUAAUGUGCAAAUUGGGUGCAAAGCCAAUCCAAAUGCCACAGAGUAAUUAUUUUGUAAUGUAAAUUAAAAAUUGAUAAGGAAGUGUAUAAACAAAAAAAUAGGAAAAUCUUCAUUGAAGGGGGGAAAAGAGUAACCUGCUGUACAAAAAACCAUUUUUUUAAAACUGCAAUUAAGUUUUCAUACUGGUAUAAAAAUAGACAAGUUAAUGGAAACAGUUUUUAAAAAAUUGAAAGACUCAACUACUUUUAAGAAUUUAGAGUUUGUUAUGGUGGCUUUUUGAACUAAUUCUGACCAUGAUGGGUUAUUCAAGAAAAGGUGGUAGGUAUAACUGGAGAAAAUUUCUUCCCAUCAUACCAUUCACCAAAAGAAAUUCCAGUUGGACUAAAAAUUAAAAAUAAGUUAUAAAAACUAGAAUACAAGAUAGUUAAUAUUUUCUUGGGGUUGCAGAGGUUUGUUCUAGGGAUAUAAGCAAUGGCAUGAAGUAUAGAAGCCUGUGCAAACCAGUCAACUGACCACACUGUAGAGCACCACUCCCAGCAUGUGUGUAUAUACAUAUAUAUUUUUAAAUUUAUGUACUGUACUAAUACAUGUAAGAGAGAAUUUAGACAAAAGAGGUGAAAAUGUUUAAAAAUAUUUUUUGUGUGUAUUGUAAAAAAAAAAUAGCUUUUGUUCUUCCUAAAAAUUUUUCUCUUUUUAGGGAGACCCAUAUGAUUAAAAAUGCUUCAUUAUUUUUGGAACACCUAGUUAUAACACUUUAUGAUAAAAAUAACUUAUGUCUGUUUCUAAUGUAAGUUUAUUUUGAUGUUGGGUUUUAAUGGCUAUUGUACCUAAAAAAGCCACUUCGUUAAAAUCUGUAGUUCCAAAUGAUUGUGCUUACUGAAAAACUGCUCAUUUUUCAGUUCCAUCCACUCUUAAAAAGUGUUUGUUGAAAUCUUUAUAAUAAAUUUCCAUCUUUCUCACUGUCA